CAUCCCACCGAUCAUUGCCAUGUUGCUGUCGCCAUGAGCCAAUAAACUUGACUGUAGUUUUCAGGUUCAAAUAUAUGGUCCAAGAUCAUGAGUCGGAUGCGCUAUAAUGGCUUUCGAAAAUCCCGCUGCCAUGAUCAGUUAUAAAGUGUUGUGAGCGGAGAGCAGAUCGAGCAUUCAUCUUGCAAUCGAUAUCUCCACAUAGAUACAAACGCAAACAUUUUCACCAUGCGUUGGCUUCCUUUUGUUGCUCAAUAUUGGUGCGUUGCAGCGAUAGUUCUAGCUUUCCAUGCGCUUUUCGCAGGUGUGAGCAACGACGGGCUAGAGGCUGCUGCCAUAAUCACCUUCAAUACUUCAUCGCUUGGCCUCUCCGACUAUUACCAGGUGAACUCAACUUUCCACGCCAAUAUCACAGCUCUUGUACCUACUUCAGUCACGAACCCAAGCUCGAUAACUCAGUACCUUCAGAUUCAGGACUGGUAUUCGAUUCACUACCUCUCUACUUGUUCCGGAUCUUUCGCUAUAGAUCCCACCACUAACCUUCUGACGUCCAUGAAGACAAACAUUACUUGUACAAAUCAGAAGUCGGGUUAUGUUUAUACACUUUCGGACAUCUUGCGCAAGGAGCUGCCGUCAAGCGUGGCGUCACUGGCAGCUGAGAUUACCCAAGUAUCAUACUAUACGGCACCUUGGAUCGCGCUUUGGUACAUCGGGCUCAUUACCGCUCUUAUUGAGAUAGUCAUCUUGCCCAUGACUUGGGCAGGUAAGAGAAGAAUCAACGGCUAUAGUUUCCUUGUCACAUUUAUCUCAUACAUUUCCUUCCAAAUCAGCGCUGCCUUAACAACUGGACACUCCCUCGGGGCAUAUCACAGCUCCACUCUGCCACCUGCUCUGUAUUCCUCGGAGUUCUUCGCUUUCAUGUGGCCGUGUAUGUGCUGCAUGCUGGUCGUGUUGAUCUUGGUUCAUAUGGAAUGGAAGUUUGAAUUAUGGACCUUGAAAGGGGACAGAAUUACUCUGUACAGAAAACCACCGUACAAGAGUUGGAGCUUGUUGGAUUCCUGUUACGACAGAAAACCUGUCAAGACUGAUGCUGGAAGGGGUGAAGAAGGAUGGGAGAUGCAGUGAGAUAUUGGUUGGACAUCGAACAUAGUUUAUGAUUUGGUCAUGGUCUUUAUGGAGUAAGUGUUGGGAUACGCCUUGAGAGCUAGUAUGUAUUGCAGUUACGUUUUUAGCGUAUGGCGCUAUGUAGUUGGUCGAAGAUUGUCUCAUAAGGUGACGACUACUCAACUACACUUUGCAGUCAGCUGUCUAGCUAAGUUAAGUUGCGGGUACAAGGCGGAC